AUGCUUGAUGUUGAGGCUCUUAGCCAGGCAUGUAAGCAAUGUGAGUUACAUGAACAUUUAGACAAGAACAGUGAAGAAUUCCAGAGAUGGAGAGCAGACUACAUCACCUGCAAAACCAAUUUUAAAGGCUCUGCUCCUGCCAUGGAACCUGAAGGUGUCGACCGUAUAUUAAAAAGAUCUGUGGAACUUCAUAACUUGCGGUAUACUGAAUAUUAUGGAGAUGGUGAAAGUAAAAGUUUUAGCAAGGUGAAACUUGCAUAUUUAGCAUCUGGUAUUACAGUUGAAAAGAAAAAUGCAUCGGUCAUGUGCAGAAAAGGGUGGGCACAGCACUUCGUAAGUUGAAGCGUGAAAACCCAGGCCUGGGAGGGAGAGGAAUGAGAAAAGCCAUCCAUGCCAGUUUUGUGCACUGAGCUUCCAGUGAGUCCCGCCCACUACACGAUCAUUGCCCUCCUAGCAGCACAAGUUGG